CCGAGCCAUGGAGGAGCCGGAGCCGGAGCCGGAGUGUAGCGGGGCUGCCAAAAAGCAAGACAGUAAGUCUGAAGAUGUCUCUGGCAGGAUCUCCGAAUCUGAUCCUGAGGACUUGUCUGAUGAAGAAAAUGCUGAAACUUCCUAUGGAAACUCUCCUCCUAGCACACCACGGCAGAAUAAGCGCUCGUCAACGAAGCAUCUGAAAAACAGUGUUGGGAGACCUACCGGCCGCUUUUUAAGAGAGAAGAUGAGCUCGCCAAGCCAGCUGUCCAACAAAGACAACGCCAAAACCAUAGAGAACACUGAAGAGCACAGCUAUAAGCAGGGGAAAAAGAUCCGAGCCACCCUGAGGACAACUGAGAGGGAUCACAAGAAAAAUGUCCAGUGCUCAUUCAUGUUGGACACGGUUGGUGGGUCCUUGCCAAAAAAGUCAAUUCCAGAUGUUGAUCUCAAUAAGCCUUACCUCAGCCUUGGCUGCAGCAAUGCGAAGCCUCUCGUAUCUGUACCUGUGCCUAUAGCCAAAACUACACGCCAGACUUCUCGUACUGAUUACCCAGCGGACCGCUUAAAGUUCUUUGAAACCCUGCGGCUUUUGUUAAAGCUUACCUCAGUUUCCAAGAAAAAGGACAAAGAGCAGAAAGGGCAGGAGAGCACUUCCGCUGUCGAGUUAAACCGAUCCAAUGAACUAAUUUGGCUUGAACUGCAAGCUUGGCAUGCGGGGCGGACUAUUAACGACCAAGAUUUCUAUCUGUACACAGCCCGCCAAGCCAUCCCAGAUAUUAUUGUAGAAAUCCUUACAUUCAAAGUGAACUAUGGGAACCUCUCUUGUCUAGGAAGUGGCGCUAGUCUUAAUGGUACAUCAGGAGGACAGUGUAAAGCAGCUCAUGGAGCUAAUGCUAUGGGCUACUCUAGCUACCAUGAGCAUCUCUAUCGCCAGCGGGUCUCAUUUGAACAGGUAAAGCGGAUAAUGGAGCUGCUAGAAUACGUAGAAGCACUUUAUCCAUCUCUGAAGGCCCUUCAAAGUGACUAUGAAAAGUAUGCUGCGAGGGAUUUUCAGGACAGGGUGCAGGCACUCUGUCUCUGGUUGAACAUUACAAAAGACUUAAACCAGAAACUGAGGAUUAUGGGAACUGUUUUGGGCAUCAAGGAUCUCUCUGACAUUGGCUGGCCAGUGUUUGAAAUCCCUUCUCCUCGUCCAUUCCGGGACAACGAUCCAGAGGAUGAGGAGGAGGAGGACGAUAGGGAAACCUCGGGGGCGUGCACAGAAGAAAGUGAAGAUGAAGAACAAAUCUCUCAGGAGAGUGUGGAGGAACUCAGACAAGCCAUCCAGAAUAAUUUUGCCAAUAAGCCAAAUUUUGACUUUCAGGCACAGGACCAUUUGUCAAGAAAGCUUGACAGGCUUGAAUCUGAGGACGACUCAACCUGCUGGGCUGUUACGGAGUGCAGCGGUGAGACGGGGUGCAGCAGACACUGUUUGACCUCUAUUUAUAGACCGUUUGUAGAUAAAGCACUGAAACAAAUGGGGUUGAGAAAGCUCAUUUUAAGACUGCACAAGUUAAUGCACGGCUCCUUGCAAAGGGCCCGAAUGGCAUUGAUAAAGAGCGAUCAGCAGUUGGAGUUUUCAGAGUACCCAGAUCCCAUUUUAUGUUCAGAUUACGUGCAGUUGUCAAAUUCUCCGCCUUCUUCAGAUCAAAAGUGCAGUACUGUGUCACGGGAAGAGCUGAAGUCUAUGGAUUUGCCAUCUUUUGAGCCUGCAUUCCUAGUUCUUUGCCGAGUCCUUCUCAAUGUUAUCCAUGAAUGCCUCAAAUUAAGGUUGGAACAGCGGCCUGCUGGGGAGCCAUCUCUCUUGAGUAUUAAACAGCUAGUGAGAGAGUGUAAAGAGGUCCUGAAAGGGGGUCUGCUUAUGAAGCAAUAUUAUCAGUUUAUGUUACGUGAGGUGUUAGAUGACUUGCAGAAGAACAACUGCAACAUCGACUCUUUUGAGGAGGACCUGCAUAAGAUGUUAAUGGUUUAUUUUGAUUAUAUGCGAAGCUGGAUCCAAAUGCUACAGCAGUUACCUCAAGCAUCUCAUAGUUUAAAAAAUCUCCUGGAGGAAGAAUGGAAUUUCACCAAAGAAAUCACUCCUUAUAUACGAGGAGGUGAAGCUCAAGCUGGAAAAUUGUUCUGUGACAUUGCAGGAGUGCUGCUUAAAUCUACAGGGAUCUUUUUAGACUCUGGCUUACAAGAGAGCUGUGAUGAGUUUUGGGCUAAUGCUGAUGACAGUGCAGCUUCAGAUGAAAUCAGGAGGUCUGUGAUAGAGACCAGCCGGGCACUGAAAGAGCUGUUCCAUGAAGCCAGAGAGAGAGCAUCCAAAGCUCUUGGCUUUGCCAAGAGAUUAAGAAAGGACCUUGAAAUAGCAGCAGAGUUCACAUUGUCUGCCUCUGUGCGGGACUUCCUCAGUGCCCUGAAUGCACAACAGUACAUGAAGGUACAGAUCCCUGGACUUGAAAACUUGCAGAUUUUUGUGCCAGAUAACCUUUCAGGAGAGAAAUCUAUCAUCCUGCAGCUACUUAAUACAGCUGCAGGAAAGGACUGUUCAAAAGACUCUGAUGAGGUUGCAAGCGAACCAUUUUUACUUAUGACAAAGUACAGAGACAAAGAUGAUGACACUGAUGACAGUUGGAGCACUUGGGAAGGACAGCCUGUCAAAAUUGUCCCUCAGGUGGAGACAAUUGACACAUUGAGAAGUAUGCAGGUUGACAACCUCCUCCUUGUAGUCAUGCAGCCUGUUCAUCUUGUGAACCAGAGAAAAGCUGUCCAACAAUUUCUUGAAGGGCUCAUCUCUUUACAUCAGGAGCAAACAUCCAGCCAGCCAGUCAUUGCCAAAGCUUUGCAGCAGCUGAAGAGUGAUGCAUUACAGCUUUGCAAUAAGAUAAGCAGUGCGAUUGACAGAGUUGAUCGCAUGUUCACAUCUGAAUUUGAUGCUGAGGUUGAUGAAUCGGAAUCUGCCACCUUGCAACAAUAUUAUCGGGAAGCCAUGAUCCAGUGUUACAACUUUGGUUUUGAGUACCACAAAGAAGCCAUCCGUCUGAUGUCUGGGGUAUUCAGACAGAAAAUUGGAGACCAGUAUAUCAGUUUUGCAAGAAAGUGGAUGAAUUAUGUCCUUACUAAGUGUGAGAGUGGCCGAGGUACUAGACCAAGGUGGGCAACACAAGGUUUUGAUUUCCUUCAAGCCAUUGAGCCAGCCUUUAUUUCAGCUCUGCCUGAAGAUGACUUUUUGAGUUUACAGGCAUUGAUGAACGAAUGUAUUGGCCAUGUAAUUGGAAAGCCUCAUAGUCCUGUUACAGGUUUGUACCUUGCUAUUCAUCGGAAUAGUCCCCGUCCUGUGAAAGUACCUCGAUGCCAUAGUGAUCCCCCAAAUCCUCACCUCAUCAUCCCAACACCUGAAGGGUUCAGCACAAGGAAUGUCCCAUGUGAUGUACGGAACCAUUGCAGCCCUGCUGUUAGUCGCCCCACUCCCGUCGGUGGUGACUCAACUCAGCCAAAACCACCUGUCAGCAGUACAAAUGAUAUCAGAGGCUCCAGCGUCCCUGAAAAUGAUAGACUGGCUUCAAUUGCUGCUGAACUGCAGUUUAGAUCAUUAAGCCGCCACUCAAGUCCCACUGAAGAACGUGAAGAGCCUACUUAUCCAAAAGGAGACUCUAGUGGAUCAGCCCGAAGAAGUUGGGAGCUUCGGACUCUUAUCAAUCAGACCAAAGACACUGCUUCCAGGCAGGGACCCAUGGAGGCAGUUCAGAAAUCUGUCCAGUUGUUUGAAGAAAAGAGGUACAGAGAAAUGAGGCAGAAAAAUAUUAUUGGCCAAGUUUGCAACACUCCCAAAUCUUAUGAUAACGUCAUGCAUGUAGGCUUGAGAAAGGUGACUUUUAAGUGGCAGAGAGGAAACAAAAUCGGAGAAGGUCAAUAUGGAAAAGUCUAUACCUGCAUCAGUGUUGACACUGGUGAACUGAUGGCCAUGAAAGAAAUAAGAUUUCAACCAAAUGAUCACAAAACAAUCAAAGAAACAGCAGAUGAAUUGAAAAUUUUUGAAGGCAUUAAGCACCCUAACCUGGUUCGGUACUUUGGUGUUGAACUCCACAGGGAAGAAAUGUACAUUUUCAUGGAAUACUGUGAUGAGGGAACUCUAGAGGAAGUGUCAAGGCUGGGCCUCCAGGAGCAUGUCAUUAGGCUUUACACCAAGCAGAUCACAACGGCCAUCAAUGUGCUGCACGAACAUGGCAUAGUGCACCGAGACAUCAAAGGAGCAAACAUAUUUCUUACUUCAUCGGGGCUGAUUAAGCUGGGAGACUUUGGCUGUUCAGUAAAAUUAAAGAAUAACACACAGACGAUGCCUGGUGAAGUGAAUAGUACUCUGGGGACUGCAGCAUACAUGGCUCCUGAAGUGAUCACUAGAGCUAAAGGAGAAGGCCAUGGGCGCGCAGCAGACAUCUGGAGUCUAGGCUGUGUUGUGAUUGAAAUGGUCACUGGGAAGAGGCCCUGGCAUGAAUUUGAGCACAACUUCCAGAUAAUGUAUAGAGUAGGGAUGGGCCAUACGCCUCCCAUCCCAGAAAAGAUAAGCCCAGAAGGAAAGGACUUUCUUUCUCACUGCCUGGAAAGUGAGCCAAAGAUGAGAUGGACAGCGAGCCAGCUCCUCGACCAUUCAUUUGUCAAGGUGUGCACAGAUGAAGAAUGAAGUUAUGCACAAUGCGUGGCCUCCUGUUCUCUGGUGAAGUAUCUCUUAAUCACUACUGUAUGUAAUAUUUACAUAAAGACUAUGCUGAGACCCAGGAUACAGUUCAAAAGUUUCUGUGACUGAAGACUGCACAGGUGACCAGCGUCACCUCUACUGCUGCUCUCAUUCAUUUUCCCUUGGCGGGCGUUGCUCCCGGGAUGAUGCCCACGAGUUCAAAGAAGCUGCAUGUUUCCGUGAAAGUGCCAUUACUACUGUAUAAUGGACCAUGACCUUAUUUUUGUUCCUUCGCCUCCAUUUCUCAUAUGAUUGAGAACUGUAAAGUUAAUAUGUAGUAUUUUUGAACUUUCUAGGUUCGAAAAAAAGCAAAGGUUAGUGUUAUAUCAGGUAUUCUGGACCUUGUUUUUACUCUCCUGUUUGUUGAGUGCACUGACUGUGAACUUCUACCUUUUUUGUUGUUUUUUUAUUGGCCAGCUUAAUUUGUUAUGCAAAGGCUGUUUGAUGAAAUCUAAAGGCCUUUCCUCAAUAAAUUGUUUAUUUUAGGAA